GACACAAACACACAUACACACACCACGCGCGCACAAUACGUUAAUAAUAUCAGCCAUCUUUAAAGUGGGGAGAUAACAUUUUUGUGAAAUUAAUCGACACCUACUUUAGCACGUGUACACUUUGCAGCCUUUUUUUUCACAAAUCUGCAAAUGCAGCUAGCCCUUAAGCGUCAGCGAUGGAAGAAAAGAACUUGAGAGAUAAGAUAAAGAUCAUUUUUGCAUUAGUGUGUAUUAUCGUAAUACGUAUCAUUAACACGUUACUAUUAUACUGUUAAUACGUGAUAGACAUGACGGGAAUAUCGGGCGUGCAGCACAUCCCGAUAUUGUUAUACAUUUAUACAUUUAAUAUUCAUCUCAAUACGAGGGACUGGUCGUUGUACUUACUGGAUUGUGUCUUCAGCGUCGGUGUCGUGGGUACAUUGGUUGUCUUCGUCUGGAGAGGAGUUUGGUUCUUGAUCGACCUUUACCUGUUUCCAGAAAAUCCCGAGUAUUCUGCCGUUGGCUCACUGGCCAUAGGGUAUCUUAUAGUCGCCGUGACGUUUUGUCUACAACCGUUGAUGCGGUACAUCUGCGCGCGCCUUCAGGGUUUGCUUCGCUUGUUAGUCGCGGACGCUUUUCUUCUUCUGAGCUUUCUGGGGACCGUGAACGUCUGGCGCGGUAUAUGGAACGCGCUGGAUCUGUGGCUGCUGCCGGACAAUCUAGAAUUGUCCUGUUGGAUCACUCACGUUGGCUGUUUCGUUCUCCUCGUCCUCCUCAAUUGUAGCAACACCAUUCUAGUUCGUGGCGUUUACAUCGAUGCCGAGGAAGAGGAAGGACAGUGCGUCGUGUUUCCCUGUCACUAUCUUCGAUUAUUCUUCAAGAUCGAACGCGAGAAGAAGCGAGCGCGACAGCGGAAGUUGUUGGUAUCCUCCCAAGAUUUCGUCGGUCGUAUCGACGAUGCAAACGAUAAGGACGGUGAAAACGGAACUCUCCUACCGAAUAACACCACUAUGUCGAUUAUACCUGCGAAUACGGAUUCUAUUGCAUAGAGACGAUAAUAGAUAGGAGAAAUCGAUUUUUGUCCUAGAUGCGUAGAGCGCCCAGGUCCAGGUCCAGGUCCAGGUCCAGGCCCAGGUAUAAGAGGGAGAGAAAGACAAUUAAGUAUACCUAAACGCAACGUGAAACGCUGUGAAACGAAAAAAUGACGCGUAUCUUUUUACGGGACGUGAUCUCUUUCGAGACCACUCAACUCUUCUUGGUCAACAUCUUUAAGACGACUUGAGACGGGUGGUCUCCCAAGUGGAAGUGCGGUAAUCGUGCUUAAUCGAAAUUGAAAUCGGAAUUUCGUGGGACCAUCACGAUUGCGACUCGGUUGCGUCAUAGAUUUAUUCACGAUAGCCUUUGAUUUCUAAUCGCAUUUAUCGCACGCGAUAUACGAGUAUGUGUAGUAAAAGCGUGUACGUAAGCCUCUCACACUCAUCGCACGUACUCGAAUUUCUUUAAUAAGUACGUUUUAUCAUCCCGAUUCAACGUUUCAUUACAAGACAGAUGUCUGAUUAGAUUUGUAUAGAUUUGUAUUCUUUUUCACGCGCUAGGACGUGUGACUCGUGUAUUAAAAUUUACUGGUCGAGUGAUUCACUGUCAGUGCAUGGCGCGAUCGCGAGCGAGGACGGAAGAUUGAAAGAUCGAGUCGCGCCGCGCCACUAUCAUGCCUGAAGGAGGGAGGGAGGGAAGGGGUGAAUAGUACUGACAUACUUGUCAUAUGGAAAUCAAGUACAAGGCACUCGCCAAACUCGGAAUAGGUUGGCGUGCGUAAUCGAUUGGAUCAUUGAUCAUUAUGGAAGAGAUAUUUCCGAUAAUACAAUAAUAUGCCGAGCAAAGAGAAUUAAGAAUACGGUUCGCGGAAGACGAAUGGCUGUGAAUCAACGUACGAAGUGAACAACAAGCUUUGCAAUGCAAAACAGUAAUGUACGAUACACGAGUGAUUUUUUUCGUUGCCAUUAAAGUAACGAAUGUUAAGAAGUAUUUGCAAGUUAUAGGACAUGAUGCUGCCGUUGAGUGUUUUAUCUGCGAACGUUGUUUGUAUAGUUGAUUACAUAUCCAGUCUAUAAAACGCGUACUACUACAUACGUAUAUGUAUGCAUAGAUGCGUGCGCGCGCGCGCGUGCGUGCAAGCGCGUGUGUGUGUGUGUGUGUGGCGAAUACAUAAAUAGAAAGAUAUUUGUAUAUUUAUUUAAAAAUAUAAAUGGAUACGUACGAUAUUACUCACGCAAAGAUGAAUCUAUAUACAGAGUCAGAGAAAAAAGACAGGGCGGAGGUGAAAGGGAAGAGAGAAAGAGAGAGGGGGAGGAGAGACUUACCAAAUAAAUAAUAUUAAUAAUAGAUGCCCAAUGUGUAUUCACUAUUUAUUUACUCAUUUUUUUCUGAUACAACUAGUAGUAGUCAUUUUGUAUUAGAAAAUUUAUUUGAUUUGGUUGCGUUUCCUGCACAUGAAGUGAAAUGAAUUUGGUUUUUCGAGGAAGAAAGAGUAUAAAUGAAUCAAAUAUAAAAAGUCUAAUUAAAAUAAACAGAGAUAUACACGCUUUGCAGGUUGUCAGAUCUCCGGUAAUGUGGUGCGUGCAGCAAAAUACGAGUACGUGCGAACGGUAGAGACGGUCCUGUUCUAAAUUCGCUACUGUAAGCCUCGUCGAAAAAGAUGGUCGCGUUAUCUUCUCAUCGAUACGUAUGACGAAUCAUCUUUGUUAUACCACAGAAUCUUGCAUCGAGCGAGACCUUGGCGAUAAAUUGAACAGGACUGUUAUCUGUUAUAAGUAGAAUAUGUAACUUCCCUCGUAUCCUGUACAUACACCCUGUAGUUUUUACGCUCUUACGCUCGACAAUUACUACGUCAUAGCGAACUAAUAACUAAUUAGCCGCGUGUGGGCACGUAAUGACGGGACAAUAGGCGACAGUCACGAUGGGAAGUGCUUAGUUCGACGAUAAAUGCUUGCCCCCCCUCUCUUCCCUUCUCCUGCCUCCCUCCUGGCCUACAUUUAAUGUUUCCACAAUGAACAACUCCCUCGUGAAGAGGGAGGAGAGAGAUCAAUCACGUGCCAUUGGCUGUUCGUUCCUCUAUUUUACUUGUGUUUUAUUUUAAACGUACCGUCGUUACCGCAACAAUCAUUUUAUAUCACUCGAGUUAUCGUAUCGAUCAAGCAUUCUCCAUGAUGAUAUACCUACAUAUAUUGAGAGCUCGUAUAACGCUUUCUCUAUACUUGUAAAAAAUAUUGUAAAAGAUGUGUAAAGAUGUCCUCACGGCAUAUGUAUAUAUACAUAAUAUAUAUAUGUACUACGAUAUAUGCCGCGACGUACGUUGUAUGUACACAAUACGUCGAAUAUACAUAGCGAAAAAAUA